ACAUGGCACGGGAUGCAGUUUCUAGAGGAGCUGAUCCUAAGCCACAACCCCCUGACCGUGAUUGCUGACACAGCAUUCUUCAAGCUGCCUUCAGUCAACUAUCUGGACCUGAGUGCAACUCAAGUGACUCCGCAGACGUUGCUGCUGCUCCUGCAGACAACAGUGCACUUGGAAACACUCAAACUGCCCAGUGAUGUGGCCUGCUGCCUCUGCCAGGAGCAUCCCAGCACCGAGACCCCGUGCAGGACCAUCCAGUUCCUGUGUGAGAACCUGUGCAGCACCAGCGCUGCCCAGUGUGCUGCUCACACCGGUCCUGUGGCACAGACACAGGGAGAAGUAAUGGCAGUGGAGCUGUCCAAAAAAGCAAAGAGCAGCCCAGUAUUGAACCUCAAGCCCAAGGAGCCUUCGCUGGGAGACCACGGAACCGUAACUCUUGUGGUUUCCCUGACCCUGAGCGGCACUGAGGGGGAUGGGAGCAGCCUGAAGGAUUCACGCCAGCCCCAGCCUGUCAGGGAGAACGAUGUGGAGGAAAAGGCAAUCGUAGUCUCAGAUCAAAAGCAGCAGGCUGAACAUUUGAACUGGCAGGCAUUAAACCCCUGGGAUCUGGAUGGUGGGUUAAACCCCACUGAGGUCGACUCCGACUUUGGACAGCAAGAAGAUGUGGAAGUAGCUCCAUCUCCAAGGCAUGACAACAUGAGGACGAACAAAGAGCGCAAGAAGAGAGACACUCAAUACUGGGUUGGACAAAAUCCGCUCUUCCACCAGGCGUUGAGCCCUGUGAUAGCCCAGGGAGAGCCCACAGGCACAGACACCAAGGCUGAGCUGGGUCUAAACAGGAACCUGGAUUUUCUAUCUGACCCACUGGUUGACAACGGCCCCGCUGCAAUUAUCAGGGCUGAGGCCAGGGCUGAAGGAGAGCCUUCCUCUCAGGGUGGGCACUUCUCCCUCAUCCCUGACACGAUGGAGACACCUUGGAAGCAACAAGAAGAAGGGUCCAGGCUCCUCAAGACAGGUGGCCCUGAGGGCACAGAUGCUUUGCCACUUGCAGAAGAGGUCUUUGAAAUCACGGGCUACCAUCACCUGUUGCCAGAUGAAGGCCUGCAGACGUUCAUGGCCCAGGUAGAAGAAGCCCUGAGGAUGGACUGCAGCCUGCCCGGGCUGCAGCUGUGCUGUGCAAAGAUGGUUUCAAAGACUGAGCUGCUUCUAAGUCUGCUGAGCAAGAGGCAAGAGAAGGAGGGAGCCUUUGAACUGACGAGCCCAUGUCUUCUGGAAGAGAAGAUCUCCAGACGCACAGCCUUGGAGGAGGGCAAGGAAUACACAGGGGAGAAGAAACCAGAGCCCUUGGAUGACACAAUCACAUUGGUGGUGUUGCUCUCUGUCCUUGCUGUCAUUUCUCUGAUGCUGAUGUGUGUCCUUAAGCUGUGCUCCCGACCUUGUGCAGUUUUUUGCCGAUGCCUCCGCACUGUGCUGAGAAGUUUCUUUGUAAUUCUGCGCCGGAGAUGGAGGAAGAACAAGUACAAGAAGUUAGAGGAUGUAGAGGACUUUCCUGAGCUCAGCGAGGAUGAUUUGCUGGUAGUUCAAUACAUCAUGGAUGUGCUUGAUGCAGAGGAAGAAGAAUCCAAGAAGGAGAGAGAACAAAUGAACACAGAUGCCUUCGAGGCAGAGAGAGGAUGUGAAGACCCUGCCCUGCCUCCACCACCCCAAAAUCUGGACUGCUGA